AUGUCCCUGAUGCUCGUCAAAGAGGCAACCGAGAUUGAUGAGGAAAUGCGGACGUUGAAGAAAACGGUGAUGAAUGGCUGGCCAGAGCAGAAACAUGAAACACCUCUAGGAAUUCGCCAAUACUUUGAUUUUAGAGACACUAUAUCACAUAGUGAUGGACUGAUGCUGAAAGGGAAAGUUGUGAUAAUUCCCAAAUCCUUGAGAAACGAAAUGAAGACCAGACUUCACAAAGCUCAAUUUGGAUAUGAUAAAAGAAAACCAAUGAACCAGAAGGCUCCAUUGAUGCAGCAUGCAGAAGGAUCUACUCCAUGGCAGAAAAUAGGACUUGACCUGUUUGAGCUGAAUGGAAAACAUUAUUUGAUUGUUGUGGACUAUUUCUCUAAUUUCAUUGAAAUUGACUUGCUGACAUUUAUGACAAGCUCCAGAGUAAUAUCUUUACUCAAGAAACAGUUUGCUCGAUUUGGUGUUCCAAAUGUAAUCAUGUCUGAUGGUGGCCCACAAUUCGUAUUCCAAGAAUUCCAAGAUUUUGCAAAGAAGUGGGGUUUUACUCAUGUUACAUCAUCACCUAUGCAUCAACAAGGCAAUGGCAAAGCGGAGUCAGCCGUAAAAGCCAUGAAGACAUUGUUAGAUAAAUGUGAAGUAGACAAGACAGAUCCUUAUGAAGCAAUUCUUGAACAAAAGAACACACCAAGACAAGAUACUGGUGUUAGUCCGGCGAAAGUCAUGUUUAACAGAAAAGUGCGUGGCAUGAUUCCACAGUUACAACAGAAGCUCAAGAAACCAGAAGCUCUUGAAAUCUCAAAGAAGAGGAACCAACGUAGACAGACAGUAAAGAAAUCGUUUGACAGGAAGUCUCGUGAGCAGAGUGAAUUGGAUGUCGGUCAAGCAGUAUACUUCCAGCAUCUGGAAGGACGCAAGUGGAAACUAGGAGAAAUCAGUGGUAUUCUCGGACCCCGUACAUAUGUCGUCAAGGAUCAGAAUGGAACCUCUUAUCGUAGAAAUAGGAUUCAUGUGCGACCUACCAAAGUUAAUUUCCACAGUCGUGAUCGUUCACCGAUGCGUUCAGUUGUAGAAGAUUAUUCAGAGAGCACACAGGAAACCUUGUAA